GUUUUUUUAAAAAUUUAAAUACCUAUUUCUCGCCCACAAGGGAGCAGCGCUUUGGACGCGGCAGGGCCAGCGCGGAGAGGGGGAAGCCGCAGAGCGCGGAGGCGUCCCCCGAAGCGGGGCGGACUUGGUGUGAUGAGCAGCUCUGACCUCAGCCCCGGCAGCGCCAGCACCAACCAUCUGGAUCCCAUUUGCGACGCCCGGCCCCCGGCACUGCCGAGCCAGCUGCCUCCCCCGGCCUCGCUCAGACCCACGGCAGCCGCCGCGCAGGGACCAGCGUCCCAGCAGUGCCCCCGUCCCGCUGGUGCCCCGCCGUUCCCUCACCCCAGCACCCCACCGAGCACGGCCAGACGGCGCUGGGAAGGCUGAGCAGACCGCUCGCCAUGAAGCAAGGGUGAGAGGAGCUUCAGGGCGGAAAAUCCUGGAGUAAGCAACUCUUCUGGAGGUUCAUUCAGGGGUCUCUCAUCAGGUGCUUCGAAAAAAACAAAAAAAAAAAGAAAAAAAGGAAAACUCAUAAAAUAGGAAAAUGAGGAAACAUCGACAUUUGCCCCUCGUGGCAGUGUUUUGCCUCCUGCUCUCAGGCUUUGGCUUGGUUGGUGCUCAGCAGCAAGCAGCUGUCAAAACCAUUGCCGUGGCUGAUAUAAUAUUUCUAGUGGAUUCCUCCUGGAGCGUUGGGAAGGAACACUUCCAACUCGUUCGAGAGUUCCUAUAUGAUGUUGUAAAAGCUUUAGAUGUGGGAGGAAAUGAUUUUCGCUUUGCCCUGGUCCAGUUCAGUGGAAACCCCCACACAGAGUUCCAAUUAAAUACCUACCCCUCCACCCAGGACGUCCUGUCCCAUAUUGCCAACAUGACUUACGUGGGGGGAGGCGCCGAGCCUGGAAAAGGAUUAGAGUACCUAAUCGAGAAGCACCUCACUAAAGCUGCUGGAAGCAGAGCCAGUGAAGGCGUGCCCCAGGUUAUUGUAGUGCUGACAGACGGACAGCCCCGGGAUGAUGUGGCUCUGCCCUCAUCUCUCCUUAACUCGGCUCGUGUAAACCUGUUUGCGGUCGGCGUGCAGGACGCAGUGGAAGGGGAGUUGCAGGAAGUAGCGAGCGGACCCCUCGAUACGCACCGCUUCAACCUAGAGAAUUUUACCACUCUCCACGGCAUAGUUGGGGACUUAGUGGCAAGUGUCCACUCCUCCAUGACUCCAGAAAAGGCUGGAGCCAAAGGACUGGUUAAAGACAUCACAGCUCAAGAGUCCGCUGACCUAAUUUUCCUUAUUGACGGAUCAAACAACAUCGGAAGUGUCAAUUUUCCAGCCAUACGUGAUUUCCUUGUAAAUUUGAUUGAAAUCCUCAGAGUUGGAGCUCAGCAGAUACACAUUGGGGUGGUGCAGUAUAGUGAUCAACCCAGAACCGAGUUCGCUUUGAACAGCUACUCCACAAAAGCGGAUGUCCUGGAUGCCGUGAAGGCACUCAGAUUCCGCGGGGGCGAGGAAGCGAACACCGGUGCGGCACUGGAGUUUGUGGUGGAGAACCUCUUCACCCAGGCGGGAGGCAGCAGGAUAGAGGAAGCGGUGCCGCAGAUUUUAGUGCUGAUAAGUGGUGGAGAGUCUAGUGAUGAUAUCCGAGAGGGCUUGUUAGCGGUGAAGCAAGCUGGUAUAUUUUCAUUUAGCAUUGGGGUCCUGAAUGCUGACAGUGCAGAGCUGCAGCAGAUUGCUACUGAUGGAAGCUUCGCCUAUACUGCCCUGGAUAUCCGUAACCUUGAUGCUCUUCAAGAAUUAUUACUGCCCAACAUUGUUGGAGUGGCCCAAAGACUCAUUUUGUUAGCGGCCCCAACCAUUGUGACUGAAGUUAUUGAAGUGAACAAGAAGGAUAUAGUCUUCCUGAUAGAUGGCUCAACUGCUUUGGGGGCUGCCCCCUUUAAUGCAAUUCGUGAUUUCGUUGCCAAAAUUGUCCAAAGGCUGGAGGUUGGACCCGACCUGAUCCAAGUGGCGGUGGCACAGUAUGCGGACACUGUGAAGCCAGAAUUUUAUUUUAACACCCACCAGACCAGGAAGGAUGUGAUGGCUAAUGUGAGGAAGAUGAAGCUCAUGGGUGGCACGACACUCAACACUGGCUCAGCACUGGACUUUGUGAGGGACAACUUCUUUACCAGUGCUGCCGGGUGCAGGAUGGAGGAAGGUGUGCUCCCCAUGCUGGUGCUCAUCACUGGGGGUAAGUCCAGGGAUGCUGUUGGCCAAGCUGCAGCAGAGAUGAAGAGGAACAGGAUAGUGACCCUUGCCGUUGGGUCAAGAAACGCUGACCUGGCAGAGCUUCAAGAAAUUGCUCAUGAACGAGAUUUUGUGUUUAACCCGAACGACUUCCGCCUUCAGUUCAUGCAAGCCAUUCUUCCUGAAGUGCUGUCACCUAUCCGGACACUCUCUGGAGGACUGAUUGUCCCAGAGCCACCCUCAGUUCAAGUAACCAAAAGGGAUAUCAUCUUUCUUUUGGAUGGAUCACUCAACGUCGGAAAUGCCAACUUCCCCUUUGUGCGGGACUUUGUUGCCACCCUAGUUAACUACCUUGAUGUCGGCAGUGACAAAAUGCGAGUUGGCUUAGUGCAAUUUAGCGACACUCCCAAAACUGAGUUCUCCCUGUACUCCUACCAAACCAAAUCUGACAUAAUCCAGCGCUUGGGGCAGCUGAGGCCCAAGGGGGGGUCGGUGCUGAACACUGGCUCCGCACUGAACUUUGUGCUCUCAAAUCACUUCACGGAGGCUGGUGGGAGCAGAAUAAAUGAACAAGUGCCCCAGGUCCUAGUCCUGGUGACGGCAGGGAGCUCUGCCGAUCCCUUCCUCCAAGUUUCCAAUGAAUUAGCUCGGGCUGGAGUGCUGACCUUUGCUGUUGGCAUUAGGAAUGCGGAUAAGGCAGAACUUGAAAAGAUUGCCUUUAAUCCAAGAAUGGUGUAUUUUAUGGAUGAUUUCAGUGCUCUGGCAGCUUUACCACAGGAGUUAAAUAAGCCUAUAACAACAUAUGUUAGUGGAGGUGUGGAAGAGGUUCCACUCGCCCCAACAGAAAGCAAGAAAGAUGUUUUAUUCCUGAUUGAUGGCUCAGCCAACCUCUUGGGCAGCUUUCCUGCCGUCCGGGAUUUUGUACACAAAGUCAUUUCUGACCUGAACGUGGGUUCCGAUGCCACACGAGUCGCUGUAGCUCAGUUCAGCGACACCAUCCAAGUGGAAUUUGACUUUAAUGAAUACUCAUCCAAGCAAGAUAUGCUUGUCAAAGUGAAAAGGAUGAAGAUUAAAACUGGGAAGCAGCUGAACAUUGGAGCUGCACUUGAUGAGGCUAUAAGAAGACUGUUUGUGAAGGAAGCUGGAAGCAGGAUUGAAGAAGGGGUUCCUCAGUUUUUGGUCCUCCUUGUUGCUGGGAGAUCAACUGAUGAUGUGGAGGAGCCAUCAGAUGUUCUGAAGCACGCUGGAGUUGUAACCUUUGGUAUCAAAGCCAGAAAUGCUGACCCCGUAGAGCUGGAAAGGAUUGUUUACGCCCCGCAAUUCCUUCUGAACGUCGAAUCCCUCCAACGGAUUUCAGAGCUUCAGCCACACAUAGUCAACCUGUUGAGAACAGUCCAGCUUCAACCAGCAGUUGAGAAAGGUGAGAAGAAGGAUGUGGUGUUUCUGAUCGAUGGCUCGGAUGGUGUCAGAAGAGGUUUCCCUCUCCUGAAGACGUUUGUCCAAAGAGUUGUCGAGAGCCUGGACAUUGGCCGCGACAAGGUGCGCGUGGCUGUCGCACAGUACAGCAACACCAUACAGCCCGAGUUCUUGCUGGACACCCACGAGGACAAAGCAGAUCUCGUCAGCGCCAUCCAGCAGCUGAAGCUCAUGGGAGGGUCUCCUCUGAACACGGGGGCAGCCCUCGACUAUCUCAUCAAGAACGUGUUCACGGUGUCAAGCGGCAGCAGGAUAGCGGAGGGCGUCCCGCAGUUCCUGAUCCUGCUGACUGCUGACCGAUCCCAGGAUGAUGUCAGGAGGCCCUCAGUGGUCCUGAAAACGAGUGGCACAGUACCCUUUGGCAUUGGGAUUGGAAACGCUGACCUCACAGAGCUGCAGACCAUUUCCUUCCUCCCAGAUUUUGCUAUCUCUGUGCCUGACUUCAGCCAGCUGGACUCAGUGCAGCAGGUCGUCUCCAACAGAGUCAUCCGGCUGACCAAGCAAGAGAUAGAAUCACUUGCCCCUGACCUGCAAUUCCUGGUGCUUCUUCUGACCAAUGCCUUCUCUCCUGCAGCGGGUGUGAAGAGGGACGUCGUGUUCCUGGUUGACGGCUCCCGCUACGCCGCCCAGGAGUUCUACCUCGUCCGCGACCUCAUCGGGAGGAUCGUGAACAACCUGGACGUGGGCAUCGACACCACCAGGAUUUCGGUGGUCCAGUUCAGCGAUCAUCCCCACGUGGAGUUCCUGCUCAACACCCACUCCACCAAGGAUGAGGUGCAGAACGCCGUGAGGCAGCUGCGGUCCAAAGGUGGCCAGCAGGUGAAUGUGGGGGAGGCCCUGGAGUUUGUGGCCAAGACCAUCUUCACCCGACCCUCCGGGAGCCGCAUAGAGGAGGGCGUCCCGCAGUUCUUGAUCAUCCUCUCCUCCCGCAAGUCCGAUGAUGACUUUGAGUAUCCAUCCCUCCAAGUCAAGCAAGUGGGGGUGGCACCUAUGAUGAUAGCAAAGAACGUGGAUACUGAAGAGAUGAUACAGAUUUCCCUUAGUCCUGAAUACAUAUUCCAAGUUUCCAGCUUCCAGGAACUGCCCAGCCUCGAGCAGAAGCUGCUGACUCCAAUUGAAACCCUGACUGUGGACCAAAUCAGGCGGCUGCUGGGAGAUGUGCAACCCCCUGUAGAUGUUUCUGGAGAUGAAAAGGACAUAGUGUUCCUCAUUGACAGCUCUGACAGCGUUCAGGCAGAUGGGCUUGCUCAUAUUCGGGAUUUCAUCAGCAGAAUUGUCCAGCAGCUGGAAGUGGGGCCGAACAAAGUGCGGAUUGGGGUGGUGCAGUUCAGCAAUAGUAUCUUCCCCGAGUUCUACUUGAAGACCCACAAGUCCAAAAAUGCCGUCCUGGAAGCCAUCCGCCGCUUGAGGCUUAGAGGUGGGUCCCCCCUGAACGCUGGCAAAGCCCUUGACUUUGUGGUGAAGAACUACUUCAUCAAGUCUGCGGGGAGCAGGAUAGAAGAUGGAGUGCCCCAGCACCUGGUUGUCAUCCUUGGAGACCGGUCCCAGGAUGACGUGGACAGACCUGCCAGAGUGAUCACUUCCACAAACAUCAAACCUCUGGGUGUUGGAGCCAGGAAUGUGGACAGGGACCAGCUGCAGGUCAUUACCAAUGAUCCUGGGCGUGUGCUUGUGGUGCAGGACUUCACGGGACUCUCAACCUUAGAAAAGAGGGUGCAGAACAUUCUUGAUGAGCUCCCAAUACCUACAACAGACUCACCUGGACCAUUCCCACCUGGAAGUAAAAAGCAAGCUGACAUUGUGUUUUUGCUGGAUGGCUCCAUCAAUCUGGGGAGAGAUAACUUCCAAGAAGUUCUUCAGUUUGUCUACUCUGUGGUGGAUGCCAUUUACAGGGAUGGCGACUCUAUCCAGGUAGGACUGGCCCAGUACAACUCGGAUGUCACUGAUGAAUUUUUCCUCAAGGACCACUCCACCAAAGCUCAGAUUUUAGAUGCUAUCAACAAAGUUAUCUACAAAGGCGGGCGAGUGGCGAACACCGGUGCGGCCAUCAAGCACAUCCAGGAAAGACACUUUGUGAAGGAGGCUGGCAGCAGGAUUGACCAGAGGGUGCCCCAGAUCGCCUUCAUCGUCACGGGUGGGAAGUCUACGGAUGAUGGUCCAAGGGCCUCCUUGGAAAUCGCGCAGAAAGGCGUCAAGGUGUUCGCAGUCGGUGUGAAGAACAUUGACCUGAAGGAAGUCAGCCUGCUGGCCAGUGAGAACGCCAUGAGUUUCAGGGCAUCCACAGCCCAGGAGCUGUCGGAGCUGAAUGAGCAGGUCCUGGUCACACUGGAAGCUGCCAUGGAGGAGAGAUUGUGCCCAGCACCAACAGAUGUGACAAGAGACUGUGACUUAGAUGUGAUAAUUGGCUUCGAUGUCAGUGAUGUUGGGCCCGGUCAAAACAUCUUCAGCUCCCAGCGAGGCCUGGAGUCGAGAGUGGAGUCCGUGCUGAACAGGAUAAUGCAGAUGCAGAAGAUCAGCUGCACUGGCAACCAGGCACCCAACGUCAGGGUGGCCAUCAUGGCCCAGGCCCAGGGGGGACCCGUGGAGGGGCUGGACUUCUCUGAGUACCAGCCCGAGCUCUUGGAGAGGUUCCUGGACAUGCGGACCCGCGGGCCCUAUUACCUCAGGGCAGACACACUGAGGUCCUACCUGAGCAAAUUCCGAUCCUCGCCCGCUGGCAGCACCAAGGUCAUAAUCCAUUUUACUGAUGGUGUAGAUGAGCCAAUAAAUCAGCUGGAGGCUGCUUCGUCCACUUUACACUCAGAAGGAGUCAAUGCUCUCAUCUUCGUCGGGCUGGACCGAGUGACCAACUUUGACAGGGUGAUGCAGCUGGAGUUUGGCCGUGGAUUCACCUACAACAGACCACUCAGAGUUAAUCUGCUGGACUUGGAUUUUGAGCUGGCAGAGCAGCUUGAUAAUAUCGCAGAGAGGACGUGCUGCAAGGUCCCCUGCAAGUGCUCAGGACAGAGAGGGGACAGAGGUGUGCCAGGCCCUAUAGGACCAAAGGGUGUCACAGGGGAUCUUGGCUACGGAGGCUACCCUGGUGAUGAAGGAGGACCGGGUGAGCGUGGACCACCGGGUGUGAAUGGGACACAAGGUUUCCAGGGAUGCCCUGGGCACAGAGGAACAAAGGGUUCUCGGGGAUUCCCAGGAGAGAAGGGUGAACUGGGAGAAAUGGGUCUGGAUGGCAUUGAUGGAGAAGAGGGAGACAAGGGUUUGCCUGGCUCCUCUGGAGAGAAGGGAUAUUCUGGCAGGAGGGGAGAUAAGGGAGUUAAGGGUGAACGAGGGGAACGAGGUGAUCGUGGGCUCCGUGGAGAUCCGGGAGAUUCAGGAGCUGAUAAUACUCAACGGGGCCCCAGAGGACAAAAGGGUGAAAUUGGACCAAUGGGAGAUCCUGGACCGGCAGGGCCAGAGGGCCCAGAUGGUGAAGUGGGGAGGAGGGGCAUGGCAGGACGAAGGGGGCCCAUAGGAGUAAAGGGCACCAAGGGCUCGCCUGGUCAGCCAGGGCCAGCUGGAGAACAAGGCAUGCGAGGGCCACAGGGUCCCCCUGGCCAGGUUGGCACACCAGGCAUCAGAGGAGAGCAGGGUGUCCCUGGACCCAGGGCAGGGAGUGGACCCCCAGGACCCCCAGGAGAACGUGGCAGGAUUGGUCCCCUGGGAAGAAAGGGUGAGCCUGGAAACCCUGGACCCAAAGGGCCGAACGGACAGCCGGGCCCACGAGGAGAGAUGGGUGAUGAUGGACGAGAUGGAAUUGGUGGCCCGGGUCCUAAAGGCAGGAAGGGAGAACGUGGCUUUGUAGGUUAUGCAGGGCCAAAGGGAGGACCUGGUGACCGUGGUGUUGCUGGAGGCCCCGGCCCCAAAGGAAACAGAGGUCGCAGAGGAAAUGCAGGAGUACCUGGGGCACCUGGUCAGAAAGGAGAGAUUGGAUACCCUGGGCCAUCUGGCCUUAAAGGCGAGAAAGGAGAAUCCAGAGAUCAAUGUGCGCUGGUGCGGAACAUCAAAGACAAAUGCCCUUGCUGCUAUGGUCCCAAGGAGUGCCCUGUCUUCCCAACUGAGCUGGCCUUCGCUAUUGACACCUCCUCGGGUGUUGUGAGGGAGGUUUUCAACAGGAUGAAGCAAACCGUGCUCAGAGUGGUCAACAACUUAACCAUCGCCGAGAGCAACUGUCCCCGGGGGGCACGGGUGGCUCUGGUCACCUACAACAACGAGGUCACCACCGAGAUCCGCUUUGCUGAUGCCAGGAAGAAAUCCAGCCUCCUCCAGCAGAUCCAAAACUUCCAGGCAACCCUGACCACGAAGCCACGCAGUCUGGAGACCGCCAUGUCCUUCGUGGCCAGGAAUACCUUCAAGCGUGCCCGCAGUGGCUUUCUGAUGAGGAAGGUGGCUGUCUUCUUCAGCAACGGGGACACGAGGGCGUCCCCUCAGCUCAACGAUGCUGUGCUGAAGCUCUACGACGCCGGGGUUGUGCCGGUGUUCCUCACCAGCAGGCAGGAUGCUGUUCUUGCCAGAGCUCUGGAGAUCAAUAACACAGCGGUUGGCCACGCCAUUGUUCUUCCAACCAGCGGCGCUCAGCUGAAUCAAACCAUUCAGAGGCUUUUGACUUGUCACAUUUGUUUGGAUGUGUGUGACCCCCAUCCCAGCUGUGUUGGAACUGGCCAGAGACCUGCAUUCCGAGACAGAAGGGCAGCCCCCACGGAUGUGGACUCAGACAUAGCCUUCAUCCUGGACAGCUCCGAGUCCACCACCCCUCUGCAGUUCAGUGAGAUGAGGAAGUACAUUUCCCACAUUGUAACCAACCUGGAAAUCAGCUCAGAGCCAAAAGUGUCCCAGCACCACGCCAGAGUGGCCGUUCUCCAGCAAGCUCCUUAUGAACACGAAACCAACUCAAGCUUCCCACCAGUAAAAACUGAGUUCUCACUAACUGAUUAUGCAUCCAAAGAGAAGAUCAUUAAUUACCUCCACAACCAAAUGACCCAGCUUCAUGGCACGAGGGCUCUGGGAAGUGCAAUUGAACACACAAUCGCUCAUGUCUUUGAAAGUGCACCGAGCCCUCGGGACCUAAAAGUCAUAGUUCUGAUGAUGACUGGAAAAGUGAACAAAAAAGAACUUGAGCACCUGGAGAGGGUUGUCAUCAAUGCAAAAUGCAAAGGGUACUUCUUUGUCAUCUUGGGCAUUGGCAGGAAGGUGAAUGCCAAGAAUAUCUACAGCCUUGCCAGCGAGCCAAAUGACGUGUUCUUCAAGCUGGUUGAUAAACCAGGAGAGCUCCAUGAAGAGCCCUUGAUGCGUUUUGGGACGCUGCUGCCGUCCUUUAUCAGAAGUGAAUUUGCUUUCUACCUGUCUCCAGAGAUAAGGAAACAAUGUGAGUGGCUCCAGAAUGGUCAGCAAGUCCAGAGCCAGCACCCCGUGCUCAUCGGACAGAAAGCAGUAUUCGUGGCUCCCAACGCGACUGCCAGCCAGACCUUCCCUGCCAGCACCACGGUCAGCGCAACCAUCAGGCCGGCGGCGAGUGCCCACUCCAGAACCACUCCUGCCAGCACCACGGCCCAGACCAGAGCCCCCGAGACCUCCCCGGCCAGCUCCGUGGCCCAGGGGAACGCCACAGCCCAGGGAGCAGCCAGUGCCACCACCCACACCAAAGCCAGCGGCCGGGCCACCAGCAACACCACCGCGGCCGGCGGCCGGAGGAGACACAGCGCCAAGACCCACGACAUCCAGAUCACAGAUGUCACCGAGAGCAGUGCCAGGCUGCGCUGGGCCAGCCCCGAGCCGCACAGCACCUUUGAUGUCACUGUCACCCUGGCACACGACCACUCCCUCGUGCAGAGGCAAAACCUGACUGGCACUGAGCACGUGGUCCGAGGGCUCAGGAGCGGGCAGAAAUACGUCGUCGCUGUCACUGGCUACCAAAAAUCCCAGCCCAAAGUAACCUACACAGGCUCAUUCAGCACGAAGACCCCAGGGCAGUCCCAGGUGUCCCUGGCCAACAUGAUGCUCAACACUGAGCCACUGGAAGGGCCUGAGAGUGAUUGGCCAGAUCCUUGCUUGCUGGACUUUGACAUGGGCAUGCAGUGCAAGGACUAUCAGAUUGUGUGGUUCUUUGACUCCAAACACAAGUUCUGCAGCCAGGGUUGGUAUGGUGGCUGUGGAGGUAAUGCCAAUAGAUUUGAGACCGAAGCUGAGUGCAAUAACAAAUGCUUAAAGCCAUCAGCAGAUGAGAAAGCCAUGCAGCAGCCACCCCUUGAGAAAAGAUUGUCAUCAGUGCUGGACAUCUGCCGGCUGCAGAAGGACGAGGGCACCUGCAGGAGCUUUGUGCUGAAGUGGUACUACGACCCCGAGACCAAGAGCUGCGCCCGCUUCUGGUACGGCGGCUGCGGCGGCAACGAGAACAGGUUCAACACGCAGAAAGAAUGUGAAAAGCUCUGCGCCCCUGGCACCAUCAACCCCGGCGCGGUGACGACAAUGGGGACAUAGAGCUGGGGGCUGGCCAAAACUUACCUCUGAGACAGCAUCACCUUUGCCACCUUGUCCCUAUAGAAGCUAAGGGUAUAGACAACCUUGCACUGUAAUAUUUCAUGCUUUUAACUCCCAAGCAAACCCCGAGGAGAGGGUUUUGCUGCAUGACCUAUCAAUAUGGUGCUAAACUGUUUGUGGACUGAGUGCUACACGUGCCCGGGUUAUAUUGUAUAGCUUCAACAUUGCCAAAUAUUUACCUAAGUGCAGAUUGUUAUUGUCUCUCAACAUGUCUCUAAAUUAGUCCUUUUCCCCCCCAAUUCUGGCUGUCUGCCUAUCUAAGGCACCAUAAAAAUGAGUAAAAAAAAAAAAAACCAACAUAAUAAUUUCACUGCAACUCGUUACCUGCUUGCUUUUAUCCUUCUCAUAACUGAGUGUAACUUUACAGGGGAAGCCUUUGUGUAAGAGAGUGGCUGAUACUGAUAAACAAGUGAUUCCAUUUUCACUCUUCCUCUUUUUUAAAAUUUUUUUUCUCCUUUUGCUGGAUUCGAUCUCAGACUAGAUCUCUUGUAUGCAUUUGUACCACAUGUGGCCAACUGAACUAGCAAGGAAAAGGAAGCAAAGUUUCCAAAUGCAAAUGCACUGCUGGGACCAAGGCCUCAGUUAACAAAUCUUUAAAUUGUGGUGUAGGAUGCCUCUGGCAUUCUUCUGAUGUUGUAUGUUUUAUAAAAUACAAAGCAAAGCAGUUUGGGAAGGGGGAGCAGCGGGAGGGAGGGGGGUUUUAUUUUUAUUAUGGAUUCUGUGUCAGGAAGUCUAUACAAAGAACUUUUAAAUAAAGUCUAAUGGAGGUUUUGAGAAA